AGUAGUGUUGAGGGCAAACUUAUUAAGAGUCCCAGCACAACUGUUUGGAUCAUCACAUCAUAACUGUUCAUUGUACGUGCGGUCAGUUUCGUUAGUUAGGUAUCAACCUUACGCACUUGAUAAGAUGGGAGGUGGAAAGGACGAGAAACAUGAGACAACUGAGAAAGCACUAUUUUCAUAUGGUAGUGGGUAUGGAUCAUACCCUCCACAAGGAUAUGGAUACCCCCCCGCAAGCACAUCAAGCAUACCCUUCUCCUGGCGGGUAUCCUCCAGCUGCCUAUCCUUCUUAUGGGGGAUAUCCACCAACCUCCUAUCCACCGGCUGGUUAUUCAGGGCAUGGAGCUCCUGGUAUGGGAAUGGGAGGAAUGUUAGCUGGGGUUCCUGUCGCAGCUACUCCUGCGAAUGGGGCUAACCAUCUUGUGCAUGGAGGUGGGGCCCACCAUGGCUAUGGUGCUUACCAUGGCCAUGGUGGUUCCCAUGGCUUUGGGGUUGGCCACGGCUACGGUCAUGGCAAAUUUCAGCAUGGGAAGUUUGGCAAGCCCUUUGGUGGCAAGUUCAACAAAUGGCAUUAAAACAUAUGAUAUGGUGGAUCUAAGGCAAAUAUCAUGGUCGUUUCAUCAAGAUCCAAAUCUAGUCUAAAAUAAUCUUCUUACGAGUUACGCCCUUUGUAAUAAUUACUUUAAAAAUAAAUAAAGACGUAUUUGUAUUUUGUACUGUAUUUCCAUACAAAAAAUAAAUAAUAACGUAUUUAUAUUUUUGUA